GUAUUGCCUUGUUACUGAGAUGAUUGGUGAAAUGCUCUCCCCUUCCCCAAAUAUUGGUAGAUGGCGGGUGAAAAAGUUGAGAAGAAGCCGGAUACUAAAGAGAAGAAACCUGAAGCCAAGAAACCUGAAGCUAAGAAACCUGAAGCCAAGAAACCUGAAGCCAAGAAGGCUGAUGCCAAGAAGGCUGAUGCAGGUGGUAAAGUGAAAAAGGCUAACCUCAAGGCUAAAAAGGUUAAGAAGGGGAAGCCACACUGCAGCCGAAAUCCUGUUCUCGUCAGAGGAAUCGGCCGAUAUUCCCGAUCUGCCAUGUACUCUAGGAAGGCCAUGUACAAGAGGAAAUACUCGGUGGCUAAAUCCAAGGUUGAAAAGAAAAAGAAGGAGAAGGUCCUCGCCACUGUUACAAAACCAGUUGGUGGUGACAAGAAUGGUGGCACUCGGGUGGUUAAACUUCGCAAAAUGGUAAGAUUUAGAGACUAUAAAUUGGAUUUUCAGUUUAAGCUUGAAUGCUGUGAAUAUAUUCUUUUUAUACUCGGCCUAGGACAAAAUAAUUGUUUCCUUUUUCCCCUCACUAAAUUAUUGGGGUUUUUUCCUUUAGGACCUCUGACCCUUAAUCGAGUUCCUCUGCGAAGGACACACCAGAAAUUUGUCAUCGCCACCACCACAAAAAUUGAUAUCAGCAAUGUGAAAAUUCCUAAGCAUCUCACCGAUGCUUACUUCAAGAAGAAGAAGCUGCGGAAGCCCAGACACCAGGAGGGUGAGAUCUUCGACACAGAAAAGGAGAAAUACGAGAUUACAGAACAGCGCAAAGUGGAUCAGAAAGCUGUGGACUCCCAAAUUUUACCAAAAAUCAAGGCAAUUCCUCAGCUCCAGGGCUAUCUACGAUCUCUGUUUGCCCUGACAAAUGGAAUUUAUCCUCACAGAUUGGUAUUCUAAAUUUUUACAAAGAACCUAAUUAAAUAACUGAAAGAUA